AUGAUUGCCCUCAAAACGUCUCUCUCUGCUGCCUUUCUGUCCAUUGUAGCUCUUAACAGCUCGGGGGCCCUGGCAUAUCGUUGGUUCAAUUGGCAGUUUGAUAUUACAUGUGAGGCCACGGGCUUCUUCGUACCUGCUAAUGAAUCGGAACUCGUCUCCUUUGUUAAGUCCCAAUACCCGCGCAAAACGUUGCUGAAGCCUGUUGUCACGUUCGGUGGCGGCUGGGAUCUCGUGGAUCUCAUCCCGACUCUUCACGAUCAUGGCCUCCAGGUACAAAAUCUGGGUAGUGAGAAGGUGCAAAACUACAUUGGCGCUUCAACUACGGGAACACAUGACACUGGCAAGCAAAAUCAAAACCUUGCGACUCAGAUCAUCGGCCUACGUGUGCUAGAUUCCCAGGGUAACAUCCAUGUGAUUGACAAGGACAACAACCUAGAGGCUUUUCGCGUUGCCGUCGGAGCCCUGGGCAUCAUCACUGAGGUCACCAUUCAGGCAGAGCCUGUGUCGUAUCUGAAGCGGACAAACAAGGUUGUGGAGGGGCCUUCCAACAUCACCGAGCUCUAUCAGACGAUUGCAGACAUUGGCGCCAAGUAUGAGCAGAUUAAUAUCAACGGGCCCAACUUGGUCUGGAACUCGUCCACACAGCAGCUUGUACCCUCGACAAACCUGACGCUCGUAUACUGGGAGCCGACUAACCAUACCGGGCCUGCAAAUUGCUCUGUGGACUUCUGUUCGAAUGAUUGUGGUAUUUGCAACAGAGACUAUACCUGCUAUGAUUACAAAAUGAAUAGCAUCGCAACUACCCCAGCGGGAAUUUGCUAUCGUGGCUUCAUGGGCCAGUUUGAGCACUUUUUCCCGGUUGAAAACCUAGCUGAAGCUGGCACAGACUAUUUUAACUACGCAAUAUCACAGUCUGAUCGUCUGGCGCCAUAUCAAGGUAUCAAAGAUAUUCUCGCUGCUCAAGGCAUGUCUAGAUAUGAGAGCGAUGAUGUCACAGUCAUAACGAGGUUCGUCAAGGGCGAUGACACGUGGCUAUCGCCUGUCAACACCUACAACUUGCAACCCAACGCGAGUGGUGUAUUUGCCACCCUGGAAUAUUCCUGGGUCCCUUCCUACAACAACUUCACUCUCCAGUGGUUUUACCAGGACCUCGCCAGCGAGUUCAUUCCCCAAUUUGGGGACAAGUACAAUGUUCGCCCCCACUGGAACAAGAUGCUCUUCAACAACGACACUUAUGCUUCGACCAUCUACCCGAAAAUCAAUGACUGGCUCGAGAUUCAGGAGCAGAUGGAUCCUCAGUGCCAGUUUGUCAACCCGUUUUUGGUCGAUCGUCUUGGCAUUGACCGUUGCAGGUCCCUAUUCGAGUAG